AUGGCUCUCGGCGCGCUCGCCGUGUUUCUGCUUUGGGGACGUGCGGCGUGGCGCCGGUCGCCCCCGCCCGUGUGGACACUUGUCGCGUCGGAGCUCCUGGGCUGCUUGGAAGCGGGGGGCGAGCGCGAGUUGGAAGCACUUGCGGCGGAGGUAGGCCAAACACCGACGGAGCUCUUGGGCAAGGUCCUGCGCGAAGCAACCCUGCCACACGCGUCGCAACUCCCCUCGCCUCCCCUCACAAGCGGAAGCCCGCUCCCGCAGCGCACGCCAAUUUGCCCCCGUCACGCUGUCGACGUCCACGCUGACCGCCACGGCCAGCACCAGACGCCGCCGACAACGCGAACUGCCAACCACGCCGCCCCGAGCGACGUAGGCCACACAGACUCGUUACCUUGCCUGCCGAAGCUUUACUUGCCGCAGCCGUUUUGGUCCUGCCCUAGAGUUUCCGUGGCCCCAAUGGCUGCAGCAUCUGGCCCGGUGGACUGUCGCAUCUGCGGCAGACGGCCAGCAACGGACAUGGACCGCGCGGCCCGGCCACUUGUGAGACGGGGCGCUGCAUCCCAGCCAGCAUUGGAGAUACCUCCACGAUAUCUUAAUCUGGCGACUCCGACCGGAGCCGCUGAUUUGAGCCUUUGCGAGCGAACCGGGUGCGGAAAAGAACGGCUGCUGCAGGUUGCGUGUUUGCAUGCAUGGUCAGCGGGAGGGAGCUCGGACGUGCGAGCGCGACCACACCGCCGCGACCGCAUCAGGCGACCUGCAAGCCCCCUGCCUUCGCCGCAGCGCCGCCCCGCACGCCAUCUGCUCCAGCCGCACCCCACGCUGGGCCGACGCAUCGGCGAGGCCACCAACCCAGGCCUUCCCACACGCGGGGACCACGCGCACGACGACGUGUCACGGCGACGCAGCAGAGCCUUGCACGCGCUCGCGCAAAUGCGACUCCUGCCCGAACCUGCCGCUCCCGAUUCGGGGGCGGAAACGCUGUCUGACACGCUGAGCGCGCACACCGCGAUAGCCUCGCCCAGGCGCUCGCUCAGCCCCGCACGUGCGGAACCGAACCUAGUGGGAGAAGCCGCUCCGACCGCGUGGGAAGCCACACCGGGUUUCACGCCACCGGGCUCCCCAGGACCGCCCGCCGCCCCCGCACCUGGAUGGCUCGACGCCCCCCCGCCCGCUGCCGAACCAAGCGAGCGCAACUCUUGGCUGUUCGUGCCGCUGCUCCAUGCGGGAGCCGGGUUCCUGACCGACACUGCGCGACGAGCGUGGAGAGCCGCAGGAGCGGUAGGCUCCCGGUUCGAGGUUCGAGGAGCUCGCCGCGGCCCUAGCGGGGGCACCGCCCCAGCAACCAGCAGUGUUGCUCCACGCGCUAUACGGACACUCGUCGACUGCGACACAGGUGGGGAGCUCCGUUCUCGUCAUCCGCUCGAGGCCGAGCUGGACCGCGAACUCCAGGCACUACCAGCAGCCCCACUGCCCCUGCCAGCUGCCGUGUCGCUUAGCAUGGGCCGAGAUGGCUACAUCCCGGCACGGACGCAAUCAGCAUUGCUCCAAACGUUCUGCGGCCUGGCCGUCGCAACUGCAGCCCAGUCCAUGGCUGACGAUGUCCGAGGCUCCAUGAACGUUCUAGCAGCCGUGGCAGCGGAACAGGCGCAGAGCCGGAGACGCCGUGGGGGCAGGGGGCGAGGUAAUCGAGGCGGCCGCCGCGGCCGUGGCGACGAGGCCCACGCCCGGCAAGCCGACGACGACAGCGUCGAGGACGCCGGCCAGUUGCCGACGCAACCAGCCCCGGCGAGUCGCGCGGUCCCGUCGAGCACUCACCUUGAAAGCCUGCAAGCCCUCGACCUCGCGGCCGAGCUGCGCCAGCGCGUGCACACACUCCAAUCCCCCCCCAGGCAGCUCAGAGGCCUGCUGCGUCACGCUUUCCGCGUCGGCUUGGAGACCAUCCGCGACGCGCCGACGCCAGAGCAAGCGAGCGUGGGCUGGAAGCUGUUCUUGCUGGCGCCCCGCAUGCUUCUCUAUCGCGCGCCUGGCGCAACCCGCGUGGCCUCGCACGAGCUACGACGACGCGAAGCGCUCUUCCUGGCCGGGAAGUGGCUCGACCUGCUCAACGAGGCCGCCGCGGCGCCACGGCCGAAACCCCAGGAGCGGCGCGCCCGCUACUGGGAGACUUGGCCUUUGGACCACUGGGACCUCGUGAUCCAUGGGGAGUUCCUGGUCCUUUACCGCAAGGCCUGGAACCACAACCUCCGCAGCAGCAGCGCGGCGAUCACCGACUACCACAAGGCUAUGAGCAGGGCAACGACGGCCUCCACGGCGGAGGUGGUGAAGUCAAGCACUACCGCUCUGCCUGCUCUACCCGCGGUGAGUGAUCCUGCGGAGGCGGCCUUGGCGUUUCAGGACUGGGUGGAGGUUUCGUCUUCGGCUAUGGGAGAUAUCAGCGAGAGGUCUGGAAACUGGUGGUCUUCAGUACUUCAGGUUGUUGAGAAGACAUAUUCUGAGUGGCUUGCGGCCACCCCUUUGGAGAGACUUGGAGUUGCGCCACCUACAAGUCAUGGCCUCUGCACUGGUGGCUGGGCGAGACUGAACGCCCGGGCGGCAUCAAUGCUAUUGUCUGCAAUGGGGGACGAAGUGAAGAAUGAGAUGGAGCUGCCGAGCGACAUGAUGUACUACGACGUUUACAGGCUGGACGCCCAGCCAAGUUUGGAGUCUGUUCAAACCUACCAGAAGCACUUGCAGGCCGAAAUAGAAGUGAUCGCAGCAGGGACCAGGGCAUCGGACUUCGUCGUGGGGAAGCCAGGAGCACGUCCAUCACAAGGCGGGGCAGCGGGGAAAGACAAAACUGGCACAGCUUCGCAGAGCUCAACGAUGGCCCCCUUGUCUUUGCCUCUGUCCUCUACGGCGCCGUCUACGGCAUCCACGACAAUCUCCGGGACUCCCUGGACUUUUGAAGCGCUAGUGCAAGCGGCGCAGCAGGUUGUCCAGUCGCAAGGGCUAAGUGAUGGAGGAAGCUCACCCGAAAAGACGGCGAGCGCUCAGCGGAAGACGGUGAAGAUCAGUUACAUCCAUGUGUGCUCCACGGGAAGAUCGGCAGCUGCCCUGCUGGACUCUGGGGCAACUCACUGCUUGAGGAGUGCUUAUGAUCGAGACGAAUGGCAGCAGUCUGAAGAAAUCCUGGUGGAGCUGGCGGGUGGAAGCAAUUUGGUCAUGCGAAUGAGUUCUACGGGAACCCUGCUUAUGCCUCCGAGAUCAACUACGACCUCGGCAACCACUACGGCGACGGCGGCUCAGACUAUCGUCCCAGUGGGACAGUUGGUUAAAGUGCUCGGGUACACGUUGGUGCGACAGAAUGCCGCUUUCUACUUCGCAUGUCCACAGCUGUGUGAGGCAGAAGCGUUGUCUUUGAUAGCGCGAAUCGAGGACCGCAAGCGGGAGACCUUGGAGAACCUAGUCGAGGACACCAAGGACCGGGUUUCAGUCGCAGCUCAGAGAAUGAGUCGAGGAUGGCAGGAUCACCUGCUGGAGUACGUUGAGACGGGGUCUAUGUUGGCUGGAGAACAUCACCCCUGGAAGCUGGAGUAUCAUGAAGUCAGUGGGCUUUCUGACGAGGGACAUUAUCAGGUGAUAGAGCUGGACUUGGAUGUUGUACCUUUACGCAGUCGCAAGGGCAGCGAGGAGACGGAGAACUAUGCGAUGGAACAAGGAUCGACCCGUCGCCUUUAUGCUGGAGCAUCCUUCGGCGACCACGCUAACUACGAGGACGGGACUGGACAGCACAUCGAUAUGGACAUUGACGAGGUGACCUUUGACCAAGCGCGAAGGUGUGACAUCGUCUACAGCGUGUAG